UUCUGUGUUUAAAAAUUCAACAGGAGUGUAUAGUUUGGUGAACCUUUGAUUACCUUUUGUUGUGCUGGCAAGAAGUGAGCGAGGGAGGGAGGGAGGGUUGAGAAGCUUACGAUGUCUGUUGAGAUCAAACUCUCUCGAUCCAAUCGAACCUAUCGCCCCAAUGAUCCCCUCCGGGGAAACAUCAUCACCAGAUUGCCUUCUUCCAUUUCUCACCGUGGAAUUCAUCUCACUCUCAACGCUUCUGUAAAUCUGCAGGUUCGUGGAGGUUCAGCUGGAUUCAUUGAAUCGAUUUAUGGUGUUCUCAAGCCUAUUCGAAUAGUGAAGAAGAGCAUUCAAGUCCAACCUUCUGGGAAGAUCAGUGCAGGCACAACACAGAUACCAUUUUCGAUCAUUCUUAAUGAUGGUGGAAAGGACGACAAAUUCUAUGAAACUUUCCAUGGAGAAAACAUUAGCAUCCAGUAUCUGCUAAAUGUGGAUGUUGUCAGAGGAUACUUACAUAAAUCAUUGUCUGCCACUGUGGAGUUCAUAGUUGAAAGUGAAUUUGCCAUUCUACCCAUUUCUCCUGAAAUGGUCUUCUUUUAUAUCACUCAAGACACUCAAAGGCAUUCUUUGCUUCCUGAACUGAAAUCAGGCGGUUUUAAAAUAUCUGGUAGAAUUUGCACUCAGUGCCUUGUAUCUGAUCCAUUAGUGGGGGAGCUAACAGUUGAAGCAUCUGCAGUUCCUGUUUACUCUAUUGACAUUCACUUGCUACGUGUAGAGUCAAUUAUGGUGGGGGAAAAUAUAGCAACCGAAACAUCCAUAGUCCAGACUACUCAGAUAGCAGAUGGAGACGUCUGCCACAAUCUGCCGUUGCCUAUUUAUGUCAUGCUUCCCCGACUUUUGACAUGCCCAACCGUCUUUGCAGGACCAUUUUCCGUGGAGUUCAAAGUUACCAUCCUUGUUACGUUUCAGACUGAAUUGUACAAUGUUCAGACAAAAUCUGACCCGCGAGCUUUAAGAAAAUGGGUUGCUAUGGAAAGUCUCCCAUUGGAGUUGGUUCAGUCUAAAUGAAUGUAUGCCGGUUCAUAAGUGACGGGAUCCUUUGUUGGACUGGGCCCACAAAUCACAAUGGAGCCUCUAUACUAUAUCCUUCCCCAUACCCAAUUUAUAGAAAAGACAUGAGAUUUUAUUUAUGUUCAGUUCUACAUUAGAGUACCCAUUCUCAUACCCCAAAUAUAUAAUGUGUAAAAUUUUGAGGACUAUUUAGUAUUUGUUUGCAUUUUCUUGCUUAAAAA